GGCAUAAACUAAGGCAUUAUGUCUCAGACAGUACAAACCAACGGAGCUCAGCCACUCAGCAAAACAUGGGAGCUAAGUUUGUAUGAACUGCAGAGAACGCCACAGGAAGCAAUUACAGAUGGGUUAGAAAUUGUAGUAUCACCCCGAAGCUUGCACAGCGAACUUAUGUGUCCAAUUUGCCUUGACAUGCUGAAGAACACAAUGACAACUAAAGAAUGUCUGCACAGGUUUUGUGCCGACUGCAUAAUAACGGCUCUUAGAAGUGGAAAUAAAGAAUGUCCAACAUGCCGUAAAAAAUUGGUCUCCAAAAGAUCGUUGCGCCCAGAUCCAAACUUUGAUGCCCUUAUCAGUAAGAUCUACCCAAGCCGAGAUGAAUAUGAAGCUCACCAGGAAAGAGUACUGGCCAGGAUCAGCAAACAUAACAAUCAACAAGCACUGAGUCACAGUAUUGAAGAAGGUCUUAAGAUACAAGCAAUGAACAGGUAA